AGAGAGAGAGUGAGAAGGAGAAUAUGACAUUGAAGAAUUAGCCCUAGACUGUUUGUAAGAGGAUGUGUAAUGUUUGUGGUCAAUUCGUGGGAUGUACUUUUGUUAUUCACUUCUGAAAAGGAGCAACAUUCUGGAAUAUAGAGCAACUACCCAAGGAGAUCAGCAGGUGGAGCGGUAUGGAUGCCCACUCUCCAGAGAACCUGUACCCAUACACCGUGUCCAGACCCAUCUACUCCAAUCCCACGUUUGAGGAGGACAACGAGAGGCAGGCCCGGGAGGAGAGGACCCUGAGGGAGAGACUCAGCCGCACCUGUGGCUGCUCAGGUAGGCAGGCCCUGAAGGUUGUGAAAGGAGUCUUUCCUGUCAUUGACUGGCUCUCCAGAUACCCAAUAAGAGAGUGGCUUCCCAGCGAUGUAAUCUCUGGUGUUAGCACUGGUCUGGUGUGCAGCUUACAAGGCCUGGCCUAUGCCCUGCUUGUGUCCGUGGCUCCAGUCUAUGGACUCUACUCUGCCUUCUUCCCCAUCCUCACCUACUUCCUGCUGGGCACCUCCAGACACAUCUCUGUAGGUCCGUUCCCUGUGACCUGUCUCAUGGUGGGCUCCGUCGUGUUGACCAUCGCCCCCGAUGACCACUUCCUGCUUCCUGGGAAUGGCACCGGUGUAAAUGGAACAGAGGCUGAUGGGAUUGUGGUGGACGUGGAGGCCAUGGAGGCCCAGAGGAUCAUGGUGGCGUCCUCCAUGACUGUGCUGGUCGGGCUGUUCCAGGUGGUAAUGGGGCUGCUCCAGGUGGGCUUCUUGGUCCGUUACCUGUCAGACCCCCUGGUGGGCGGCUUCACCACGGCCGCUGCCUUCCACGUCCUCAUCUCCCAGCUGAAGAUAGUCCUCUCCGUCCCCACUAACAACCACAGCGGCUGCUUCUCCAUCCUCUACAUGCUCAUCGACGUGUUUACCAACAUCAGACAGACCAACAGAGCUGACCUGGUGGCCGGGCUGCUCACCAUUGUCAUCGUCAUGGCCGUAAAAGAGGUCAACUCCAAAUUCCGGCACAAGAUUCCUGUCCCCAUCCCCAUCGAAGUGAUUGUGACUGUGGUUGCCGCUGGGAUCUCCUACGCCACCGAGCUGGAGUCGCGCUACGGUGCCAGCAUUGUGCACAGCAUCCCCAGGGGGUUUGCUCCAGCUCAGCCUCCCAACACAGAGCUGCUGUGGAACAUUCUGGGCUCCAGUUUCUCUACAGCGGUAGUGAGCUAUGCAGUAGCUGUCUCUGUGGCCAAGGUCUACGCUGCAAAACACGACUACACCAUCGAUGGCAAUCAGGAGCUGAUAGCCUUCGGGUUCAGUAAUGUGUUCUGUGGCUGCUUCUCCGGCUUUGUGGCAAGCACUGCACUGUCCCGCACCGCUGUACAGGAGAGCACCGGUGGCAAGAGUCAGGUGGCUGGUAUAAUCUCAGCUGUGAUGGUAAUGAUUGUGAUCCUGGCUCUCGGGAACCUCUUGGAACCCCUGCAGAAGUCAGUGCUGGCGGCCAUCGUCAUCGCCAACCUGAAGGGAAUGUUCAUGCAGGUGACAGAGGUGCCCACACUGUGGAGACAGAACAGAGCAGACUGUUUCAUCUGGCUGGCGACCUGCCUGGCUUCUGUGGUGUUGGGACUAGACGUGGGACUGCUGGCUGGCCUGGUGUUUGAGAUGGGAACUGUCGUGGUCCGGACACAGUUUCCUGCAUGCUCUACACUUGGAAACAUACCCGGCACAAACAUAUACAGGAACAUGAAAGACUACAAGAAUAUUGCAGAAGUUCCGGGAAUUAAGAUUUUUAAGUGCAAUGCUCCCAUCUACUUUGCCAACAUUGACUACUUCAAAGAGCGAUUGAGAGUCACGGUGGGGUUUGACUCUGUCAGAGUGUUCAAGAAGAGGAAUAAGGCCCUCAAGAAGAUUCACAAGCUCAUAAAGAAAGGGAAACUGAGGGCGACAGAGACCGGGGAGGUGGUAUCCGAGGUCUCCCUGGGUGUCGACAACAAGGGCUUCGAGAGCGAGCAGGACAGUGGGCGGGAGUCCGGACAGGUGGAGGACGGGGAUUGGCCUGUGCCAGAGGUGGAGGUCCGUGUGGAUUGGGCCUUGGAGCUACCAGUCAGGGUAUCGGUACCUAAGGUCCAGAUCCACAGCCUGGUACUGGACUUCUCAGCCGUGUCCUUCCUAGACGUGGUGGCAGUCAAGUCCCUCAGACUGGUCAUUAAAGAGUUCCUACGCAUUGGAGUCAAUGUCUACAUUGCAGGCUGUGACGAUGAAAUUGUACGCAAAAUGGAAGCCUUGUCCUUCUUCGAUGAGGAGGUGACACGAGAUCUCCUCUUUCUCUCUGUCCACGACGCCAUCCUCUUCAUCAAACUGGAGACAGCCAAUGGGAGCAUGCAGGAUGCCAUGGUUGAGGGGCUUUCUCUAAUGCAGGAUUGCACGGAGCCACCGCCUUUUACUGAGGAAGAGGACCUAAUUGAGACCUAUGACAACCAGCAUAGACAGCUCCACAGUAAUUUUCUGUGUCAAGGUGCCGCACCACUCAUCGAGAAGAAGAGGGUAAAGAUGAAGCAGUAUGUGGUCGCCAGGCCACUCUACUCAGAGGACGCCUUCGCAGACGAACAUGAGAAGAUCCACAGGCACCAUAAGACCCUGCGGCACCAUGUCAAGCAGUAUUUCACUUGUGACCUCAAGCGCGCUAAGAACGCAGCACUCUCACUGCUGCCUUUCAUUGGUUGGAUGAGAAUCUACCAGCUGAAGGAAUGGUUGCUGAGUGAUAUUGUAUCUGGGGUCAGCACUGGACUGGUAGCUGUUCUACAAGGUCUGGCAUACUCCCUGCUGGCCUCCCUCCCUCCAUGGUACGGACUCUUCACUGCCUUCUUCCCAGUGAUCAUCUACUUCUUCCUUGGCACUUCCAGACAUAUCUCAGUAGGAGCGUUCCCUGUUCUGAGCCUCAUGGUGGGUGCAGUGGUGACGAGGCUUGUGCCUGACGAAGGCCCCCCAGUCAACAUCACUGGGUUUGAGGGGCUGACCAGCGACGAGCAGAGAGUAAUGGUGGCCGCCUCUGUCACCUUCCUCAUGGGGAUAAUGCAGCUGGCCAUGGGUCUGCUGCAGGUAGGCUUCAUCGUCAUGUACCUGUCAGACACGCUGGUGUCUGGGUUCACCACCGCGGCUGCCAUCCACAUCCUGGUGUCCCAGCUGAAGUUUGUGUUGGGCCUGGUGGUGCCGGGACUCAGUGGACCCCUGUCCAUCGUUUAUACCCUGGAGAAGAUCUUUGUCCAGAUCGAGAAGACCAACGUGUGUGACCUGGUGACGUCCAUACUGAUCAUGGUGGUGGUGUUCAUAGUGAAGGAGAUCAACGAUAGAUACAAAGCCAAGCUGCCUGUUCCCAUCCCCAUAGAGGUUAUCAUGACUGUCAUCGCUUGUGGCGUUUCCUAUGCAUUCAACUUCCGGGUGAUUUAUAAAGUUGAUGUUGUCGGCCGUAUUCCAGUGGGGUAUGAGUCCCCUAUGGGCCCGAACAUGCAGAUCUUCGGGCAGACUGCUGUUGAGGCGUUCCCUAUGGCCAUAGUGGGCUUUGCUGUAGCCUUCUCUGUCGCCAAGGUCUACUCAGUCAAACACGAUUACAUCAUAGACGGAAAUCAGGAGCUGAUAGCUUUUGGGGCCAGUAACAUCAUUGGAGCAGCCUUUAAGUCGUUUGCAGCAAGCACAGCUCUCUCCAGGAGUGCGGUACAGGAGAGUACAGGUGGUAAAACCCAGAUUGCUGGGCUACUGUCAGCGCUCAUCGUGAUGGUCGUCACCUUGGCUAUCGGGUUCUUAUUGGAGCCACUCCCAAAGUCGGUGCUGGGGGCGGUGGUCAUAGUCAACCUGAAGGGGAUGUUGAUGCAGAUCAGAGAAGUCCCUUACCUGUGGAGGAGAGACCGGCCCGACUGUGUGGUGUGGGUGGUGACCUGCCUGGCUUCCAUCCUGUUGGGGCUGGAUCUGGGGCUGGCUGUAGGUCUAGGGAUCGAGCUGCUCACCGUUGUCUUCAGGGCUCAGUUCCCACGUUGCAGUGUCCUGGCCAAUAUCACAGGAACAGAUAUCUACAAAGACCGCAAGGAUUACAUGAGUAUCUAUGAGCCAGAGGGUGUGAAGAUCUUCAGGAUACCGUCACCCAUCUUCUUUGCCAAUAUAGAUUUUUUCAGAGGCAAGCUGGUGGAAGCUGUGGGCUUUAACCCAUUGAGGGUGUUGAGAAAGAGAAACAAAGCCCUAAGGACGAUCAGGAAACUUCUAAAGAAAGGAGAGCUGCAGAUGACAUCUAAAGGCCUACUGCUCACCAGCUCUGGUCCCAUUGAGGAGUCUGAGGAUGAGAGCAACAUGGAGGAACUGGACCAGCCCACUGACUUCAAGGACCUUCCUGUCCAGGUGAACUGGAACUCUGAGCUUCCUGCCAACAUCCAUGUCCCCAGAGUAGACGUCCACAGCCUGAUCCUGGACUUCUCAGCCGUCUCCUUCCUCGACAUCUCUGCCCUCAAGGGACUCAAAGCGGCACUCAAAGAGCUCAUUCGGGUUGAAGUUGAGGUCUACAUUGUGGCAUGUGACGAGUACAUCCUGGAGAAACUGCACAGCUGUAAGUUCUUUGAUGACGAGGUGAAGUCGUCCAUGUUUUUCCUGACCCUCCACGAUGCCAUGCUGCAUAUCCUGGAGAAACAUCCAGUAAACUCUGAAAACACAAAAAUCUGCGAAAAGGUUAUAACAACAGCCACUAUCCAUGGCAACCAAUGCAAUGGUGUGUCAAGUUUGCGUAGCAGGGACAAAUUUGUGCAUGGUUCAGAGCCAGAAACCAAGUUCUAGUUCCAGAACUACACUCUUAGAUGUCAGUAUUUUAAGGGUUCUUCGACUGUCCCUUUCCACAGAUGGUUCUACAUGGAACCCAAAAGAGUUCUACCUGGAACCAAAAAGGGUUAUAUUUGGAACCAAAAAGGGUUAUCCUAUUGGGACAACUGAAGAACCCUUUUGGAACCAUUUUCUAAGAGUGUAGUGGUGUGUACGGUACUUUCAUUUCCUGGGAUGACAUGCAUUUCCUGUGAUCGCUGUGCUUUCUGGUGAUAAUAGACGUAAGGACCCAUGAUACUGUCCUAAAACAGACACCAUACAGUAACCAUACGUAUACAGGAUACCACUUAUUGAGCUAAUAAUUGUACAUAAAAUAUAUUUGAUUUCUUUUGUACUGUUAAACAGAUACUCGAUGGCAAUUUUGAAGAUUUUGAAAGAAAUAUCAGAAAAUGUCAUUCAUAUCAUGUAUUUAUUUUCUAAAAUUGAAUCAGAAGUAUUAUUGUUUCUUUUAAAUAGCUUGACAAUGUUGCGUUUUAUAUGUGUACAUAGGGAUUUUAUAGGAAUGUUUACUUUGUUGUAUUUUAUAUGUAAAAUAAAUGUACUUCUUAGCACAAAGUAUUUCCGCCAGCAAGAAAUGAAGCAAUAUGAGCAGUACAGUAUUUGGAAAUUUGAACGUCCUGUAACUGAGAUAUUGAUAAGAAUUAUAGGAUGACUAACGUGGUUUUGAUAUAUUGGUCACAGAUAAAGCCCUGAUAAGAGAUGAAUGAUUAAGUAGAGAUCUUUGACAAACUGUUCUGGGUGAUACAACAGUAACCAUGAUUGAUAAAGUUGGUGAAGGUUAUGGGGUAUUUCCAGUAUACCCAUGUGUGGCAACACCUCAAUUGAUCAAAGAGUGCACUUUUAUUGUGUUUUAUAAUAGUGAUUAGAGUUGAGGAUUGAUGAGUGUCUCAACGUUUACAUACCGUAAAGUCACUGAUCGAUUUGCCUGGUUUGGAUCACACAUAUUGCUCUAGAAAUGCCAUUGUGAAUCCUACACAGUAGGUAUAUACGUCAUAAAGGUACAGGACAACUAGAAACAUUUUCAGAUGGGGUGAAUAACUCUCAAACAGUGUUGCAGAUAAGCAGAGUAUGUUUGAUUUGAUUUUGAUUUAUCAGGAUCCCCAUUAAAAAUACAUUACAGACAAAAUACAUGACCAUUUUCAUACAUUUAAAAACAUUAACAUGUAGUCUGUGUAUGUGCAUGUCAGUACAUACAUGUCAGUACAGUACAGACACGCAACAAGUAGGUCACAGGUUUAACAUUUCACAUUGUGAGAUGAUGCCUCAUUCUUUUGCUAAAGAAAUGAAUCAAUGAAUUCAACUUUCCCAUUGUGUGUCUUGUGGCGUAGAAGCCAUUGUUAGUAAGAAGUAGAACUAAAGAGGUACAGUGUAAACUUAGCACAGACCAUGAAGGAAUCAUCAUCCUGAUCUCUGUUAAAUCAAGUCAAAUCAAAUGUUAUUUGACACAUACACAUGGUUAGCAGAUGUUAAUGCUGCGAGUGUAGCAAAAUGCGACAGUGCAGUAAUGUCUAACAAGAAAUCGAACAAUUCCCCAACAACUACCUAAUACACACAAAUCUAAAGGGGUGAAUGAGAAUAUGUACAUGUAAGUAUAUGGAUGAGCGAUGGCCGAGCGGCAUAGGCAAGAUGCAAUAGAUGGUAUAAAAUACAGUAUAUACAUGUGAUAUGAGUAAUGUAAGAUAUGUAAACAUUAUUAAAGUGGCAUUAUUUAGAAUGCAUUUUAUAAA